CCAGUCGAGUGCUUGGUGUGGUGCCGCGCGUACGAAUAUGGAGGCGUGACGAUCGAGGCUGACAACGUCGUUCACGUAGCCGACAUAAUGACCGUUCUUCAACUGAUACUGCUCGCUGUCGCAGAGCCUGGAGAGUUGAGUGAAAGGGAUGUUGGUCCGGGAGGGUGGAUACGUCACUUUGGAAAUAAGCUGUUCAUUUGUUCUUGGCCGCCGGACACGCUGGCGGUCGCCGACAAAGCAGCAUCGCUGCGCUUCUUGGCGCGGCGGCGGCGGCGACCAGCUGCUGCCAUCCACCGCCGUUCACUGACCCCCCUCACCGCUCUACCACCACCACCACCACCACAGCCUGAUGAAGAUUUACGACGGCUUCGGGAGUCGACGCUGAGGCCCUCCGCCUGGCCGGAUGCGGGCUCGGCACCGCAGGCGAGUGGUUAA